GACCGAAUCACGUUCAUUAUUAAUCGAGACUUGUUUUUAAAAUGUCGGCUGCCGAAGAUUAUGUUGGACUUUGAGUCUGGAGAGGAAAGGUGUAUAAAAUACCUCAAUAUGUAUCAUAUACCGUGAAGACAGUUCUUGAUAGCAGACAUUUCGGGAACAUUCGUUGUACAGUUGAGAAAUGCCGCUGCAAAAAAUAGUUGAAACUUUAGUUCCAACUGCUACUAAAGAGGAAGUGCCCAAACUGUUCCGCGAGCCCCAUGUUGAAACUGGCUUCCGCCAUCUGCAUCAACCAUGGAGAUACUACAUCCUGAGUCUGUUCCAGAUCCACAAUGAGUGCAUGAAUGUUUGGACUCACGUCAUUGCUCUCUUGAUGACCAUGGCCAGGGUGGCCAUCUUUGCCAGAGAGUUUGAUCUCAUCUAUGACAAGUUCAUGUGGCCAUUUACUGCCUGUCUGCUUUCGAUGCUUGUCUUGUAUAUGUGCAGCAGUUUUGCUCAUUGUUUUCAGAACAAGUCUGAGCUAGUCCAUUACACAUGCUUCAUGAUUGAUUAUGCUGGAAUUGGACUGUAUGGCUUGGGGAGCGUCAUAAUUCACCAUGCCUACUGCCUGCAUCCAAACAUGAUUGCAAGCUUCGUGCACAGCUAUUCCAUCCCAGUUGGAGUGAUUCUUGCCAUUCUGGUCUGCAUCUGUUGCUCCAUUUCAAAGACCUUCUACAGCAGGCCGUAUCCUUACACCCGGCGCCUCUGGCAGGUGAUAUCUGUGGUUGCUGUCUAUAUUUGGUUGAUUCUUCCGGUGUGGCACCGCGUGCACCUCUACCUCACAGACCAGGUUCCUUGGGACUCGGGAAUGGGGCAUCACAUCCAGCAGAUGAUGUGGUUUGUUGCUGGAGGUUUCUUCUUUGGAAGCGACAUUCCGCAGAGGUUCUUUCCUGGGAAGUUUGACUUCCUAGGACAUAGUCACCAGCUGUUCCACAUCUGCAUCAUGAUGACAUCCUACAAGCAGUUGGAUGCAGUCUACCAUGAUCUGAAGAAUUUGAGAAAUGAACCACUUGUCAAGCUUCACCCGUCACCAACGUUCUACAACACAUUUGGUGUUAUAUUUUUGGUUAUAUUUGUCAAUAUAUUGAGCACUCUUUUUUUCAGAGAAGUUGCUAAAUUUAAGAUUGCUAAAGAAUCAAAAUGUAGUUAGUGUGAUAGCUUGUACAUGUAUGAAAAGCAUUUUGCUUGCAUCAGAUUUUUAUUAAUAUAUAUUUUAAAGUGUAUUGUAAUUUAAAGUAAACACUUACAUUGCAGACUUAAUGUACUUAAAUUCCAGUUCGCUUGUAAUUCCUUACCAAAUUAGUGACUGAAAAAUUUAAAUGCUGUCAUAAUUAUCCCAUACUGUUAAUAAUUUAGUGAUUUGCACAAAUUAGAUAAGUAUGCAGUCACUUGUUUACAGAAAUGGGUUUUUUUGUGGGGGUUUUCCUGAUGUAUCUUAUUAGCUAGAAGUAAACUUUUUUUUAAAUAAUCCAUGAUAUUUAAUUCUAUGAAUGUAGUGAUUAAGCUGCCCAUUCAGCCUUCUAUCAGUCAAGUAGCAAGAAUGUGUCUGCUUAUUAAUUCUUUCAGACUGAUUUUUAUCAAUCCCAGGAUCUCAGUACUGGAUACUUACAACAGUGUAGCUCAAUGUUGUUUUGUUCAGUCAGUGAAUUGUCACAAAAUGAUUUACAACCUGUUUAAAUUCCACUUUAUUGUGUCCUAAUUCCAAUAAUAUUGUCAAUAGAUCAUUCAAAUUUAGAUUAUUUUAGUUCUUGUAAUGCAUUGUAAACUGUAUCAAACAGAAAGCUUAUUAGGUUACUAAAAUGUAUACUAAUGGUCAUUAUUUAGUUAUCUGUCGUGGAUACAUAUAAUUUGGUCGUCACUUACUACAACUGUGUCUUCACAUUGUGCCUCGCAGAUUCUGCCUAUUCUUAUCCAGCCAAUAAAAUAGAUAUAUGUGGAGGGAUCACAGUUCAACUUUAUAGACAGAGAUUAUUAUCUGGGAAAUGUUAGAAUUCCUGCGCCUUAAUCUUUUCAGUUGUUUUGUAUAUUAAGUACUUAAAUGAUUUUUCAAAUUAAUUACAUUAAUUAUCAUAUCUGCACAAUUAAUUUUUAUUUGUCAUGGUUCCCGAUAGCCAGUACUAAAGCUGAUUUUUAGCUUGGGGUAAACAAAAGUCAUGAUUUCUUGUUUCAUAAAUGUGUAGGGAAAUACAUUAUUGGAGCAACAAAUCAAAAACAAAAGUCUUUAAGUACAUGCAUGUUGUUAAUGGUGCUGAUACCUGUAGAUGCAGAAUCUGUAAUUAAUAACCAGUAAAACCAGCAUUUGAAAGUAAACUGUCCAUAGUGGCAGUGGCAGGAGGAAAGUGGGCAAGGCUAGGUCUGGCACUCGCACUUUAAAUAAAUGUGUGUAAUACUUAAUAUUUUGUUGCAAAAUAGCUAUAGAUUUUGCAUUUUUGAGAUGAUUUAGCAAAAUUUUCUGAUCACCCAGAGCUGGCCCUGGUAGGGGUUUGGCUGGAGUAUUUUUGUUUUGAAGAAUAUUUAGUUUGCAUAGAUCAACUUGUAAGAGUGGAGACAUGGCCCAUGUGGAUUCUCUCCCUCCUGCAUUUGCCACUGGACUUGUGUGAUCAUUGUUAAUCAUAAUAUCCUGAAUGUUACAUAAUAUUGUUGCCAUUUUUAUAAUUGUUUAAUUAUUUUCAUUUGUUGCUUUAAAAAGCCCAUCUAAUUGUUUAAGUACAUGUAAUUUCACUUGUUUUUUUACAACACUGUAUUGUCACAUUUUUGUCUUGCUUUCAUUAAUUUUUAUGAAAGUUACUGAUAUUUUGUCUGAUGGUGUGAGCAUUAGAGUCGUGGUUGAAGAAUUUGGAGGACCACUGAAACAUCAUCUUGUCACUUUAAAGAUGCAAUCUCGCCCAGCCAUAUUAUGAAACAUCUACUAAUGCAAAAUAAAAACACAGCUACAAUUUUAAUUACUCAUGUGUUAUUGCUAUUAACAGUUAAUGUCGGCUGCCAUCAUAUAUUAUAUGCAUCUUGUAUAUUUUUAAUACUUAGUAACACAAAGCAGUGGAAUUGUAACUGAUUGUCACUAUGGAGAAUAAUACAUUUGUAUGUGACUUGAUUAGCAAGUAUAGCCAACAGAUAUUGAAGAAUGGGAUGUAAUGGUAAUAAACAUUAAUGCAGAUGUUCUUCCUUGAAUAGUUAAAUAAAUGUAUAUACUCGAGAUUGCAUCUUUAAGUUUUGGCUCCGCAAGGCUCAAUGGGUAGGUGUAAACCACUUGCACCGACCAGUGAUCCAUAACUGGGUCAACAAAGGCCAUGGUUUGUGCUAUCCUGCCUGUGGGAAGUGCAAAUAAAAGA